AACUGGGCGCACUGGCGGCGGCACUGGGCGGGGACAGGCGACAGCGGCUAGAAACGUAGAACGGCAACGGCGGGAGAGGAGCUCGGGCUCCCGGUCUCCUCUGCCACCAUGGCCACCGUGGACCUGGAGAAGUUGCGGAUGUCGGGGGCUGGCAAGGCCAUCGGAGUGCUGACCAGUGGUGGCGAUGCGCAAGGUAUGAAUGCUGCUGUCAGGGCUGUGACUCGCAUGGGCAUAUAUGUGGGGGCCAAAGUCUUCCUCAUCUACGAGGGCUACGAGGGCCUUGUGGAAGGAGGUGAGAACAUCAAGCCAGCCAACUGGCUCAGUGUUUCCAACAUCAUCCAGCUGGGUGGCACCAUUAUUGGCAGUGCCCGUUGCAAGGCCUUCACCACGAGGGAAGGACGCCUGGCAGCAGCCUACAAUCUACUCCAACAUGGCAUCACCAACCUGUGUGUCAUUGGUGGGGACGGUAGCCUCACGGGUGCCAACAUCUUCCGCAAUGAGUGGGGCAGCCUCCUGGAGGAGCUGGUGAAGGAAGGUAAGAUCUCAGAGUCCAUGGCUCAGAAGUAUGCACACUUGAGCAUCGCCGGGCUGGUGGGCUCCAUCGAUAAUGACUUCUGCGGGACCGACAUGACCAUCGGCACGGACUCAGCCCUGCACCGCAUUAUGGAGGUUAUUGACGCCAUUACCACCACUGCCCAGAGCCACCAGAGGACCUUUGUGUUGGAGGUGAUGGGGCGUCAUUGCGGAUACCUGGCACUGGUGUCUGCGCUGGCCUCAGGGGCUGAUUGGCUGUUCAUCCCUGAAGCACCUCCUGAGGAUGGCUGGGAGAAUUUCAUGUGUGAGAGGCUGGGCGAGACGCGGAGCCGCGGAUCGCGACUAAACAUCAUUAUCAUCGCAGAGGGAGCCAUCGACCGGCAUGGAAAACCCAUCACAUCCAGCUACGUGAAGAAUGUGAGUAUAGCAGCCUCCCGGGGCACGACAUCUGUAGCUAGCCUGAACCAUGCUGUCCCCUCUCGUGUGCAGAGCAGCAAGAUGGGCAUGGAGGCUGUGAUGGCCCUGCUGGAGGCCACACCUGACACACCGGCCUGUGUGGUCAGCCUCUCCGGGAACCAGUCUGUGCGGCUACCUCUCAUGGAGUGUGUGCAAGUGACGAAGGAAGUACAAAAGGCCAUGGAUGAGAAGAGGUUCGACGAGGCCAUUCAGCUCCGUGGCAGGAGCUUCGAGAACAACUGGAAAAUUUACAAGCUCCUUGCUCACCAGAAGAUCUCUAAGGAGAAGUCCAAUUUCUCCCUGGCCAUCCUGAACGUGGGAGCGCCUGCUGCUGGCAUGAAUGCAGCUGUGCGUUCAGCCGUGCGCACCGGCAUCUCCGAGGGACACACGGUGUAUGUCGUGCAUGAUGGUUUCGAAGGCCUGGCCAAAGGUCAGGUGGAAGAAGUGAGCUGGCAUGAUGUGGCAGGCUGGCUGGGGCGCGGUGGCUCAGUGCUGGGGACCAAGAGGACGCUACCCAAGCUCCACCUGGAAGCCAUUGUGGAGAACCUCCGCGCCUACAACAUUCACGCCCUGCUGGUUAUUGGUGGCUUUGAGGCCUACGAGGGUGUGCUGCAGCUGGUGGAGGCACGGGGGCGCUAUGAGGAGCUCUGCAUCGUCAUGUGUGUCAUUCCGGCCACCAUCAGCAACAAUGUGCCCGGCACUGACUUCAGCCUGGGUUCAGACACAGCCGUCAACGCUGCCAUGGAGAGUUGUGACCGCAUCAAGCAGUCAGCCUCGGGGACAAAGCGUCGGGUGUUCAUCGUGGAGACCAUGGGGGGCUACUGCGGCUACCUAGCCACGGUGACAGGCAUUGCCGUGGGUGCUGAUGCUGCCUACGUCUUUGAGGACCCUUUCAACAUUCAUGACUUAAAGGCCAACGUGGAGCAUAUGACAGAGAAGAUGAAGACAGACAUCCAGAGGGGCCUGGUGCUCCGGAACGAGAAAUGCCACGAACACUACACCACGGAGUUCCUGUACAACCUGUACUCCUCGGAAGGCAGGGGCGUGUUUGACUGCAGGACUAACGUGCUGGGCCACCUGCAGCAGGGUGGUGCUCCAACCCCCUUCGACCGGAACUACGGAACCAAACUGGGGGUGAAGGCCAUGCUGUGGAUGUCGGAGAAGCUGCGGGAUGUCUACCGUAAAGGACGGGUGUUCGCCAAUGCUCCGGACUCGGCCUGUGUGAUCGGCCUGCGGAAGAAGGUGGUGGCCUUCAGUCCGGUCACAGAGCUCAAGAAAGACACUGAUUUUGAGCACCGCAUGCCACGGGAGCAGUGGUGGCUGAAUCUGCGGCUGAUGCUGAAGAUGCUGGCACACUACCGCAUCAGCAUGGCAGACUACGUGUCUGGGGAGCUGGAGCACGUCACACGCCGCACCUUGAGCAUAGACAAAGGUUUCUGAGGCCACCGUCACCACCUUUCCUGCUUUCCCUGACUCUCUCCCUUCCAGUGCCAGCCACGGAUCGCAGCACUGAGGGGAGCUCACAAGGAACUCAAAGCCGACGGCUGGAGGAUGGGGGUCUAGAGUGCUGCCCUGGGCCUUCGCUCCCCUAGCCGCCUCCAGGACAGAGCACCCGGGAGCCCUCACCUUCCAGCCCCGGCUGGGCAGACCCACAUUGCCUCUCCCUCACUGGUCAGCUGGCUGCCUCUCACAUACUUUUUUAUUUUAGAAAUAAAGUCACCUGACUAGA